CAAAAUGGCUUGCUCUGUGCAGGGUUUUCAUCUAAGCUCACCUUUUCCUCCCCAUUAGAAUUCUAAUGCAUCUUCUUUGACUUUCUUUUGUUGUGCAAAAGUACAGUACAAAAUCCUAAAUCCAACAAAUACUUCGAGUUGCUUUGCAUUGGUUGAUGUGUGUCAAGCCAGGGGAUGUCAACCAAUUAAUGCAAGCUCAAGUAUAUAAUAUUAAGUAUCUAUAUAUAUAUAUAUAUCUUGAUGAAAUAUUCCAUUAAUUAGCAUGCAUUAAGUUGUUGCAGUGAUAAUGCAUGAUUAAGAACUUUCUGAAAGAGUAAUUAACAAAGAUGUUAUGUAUUUACUAACAGUACAUUGUUUGGUGUUUUGACAUAUUUGGCAGACGCCUGGUUGGAUGUCAGUUCCUGAGUUUGGAGGGUGGGAUCGUAGCGCUGAUGAAGAAGCAACAAACUACUCUGUGGUGUUUUCUCAAGCCCGUGCCAACAGGAAGGAGCAUAAGAGCAAUCCACGACAUGCUAGCCUUGGGAACGAACAAGAGAUUUUGAUCAAACAAAAGCAGCAGCAGCAGCAACAACAACAACAACGUCUAUUUUAUCCGAAAGAUCAUGCCGUGAGAAAAAAGAAGGGUGUAAACUAUUUUAGCUGCUGUUUUAAGCCUUGAUGAUUUGCAUCAAAGUCUUGGAAUUUCCAGGGGAUUCUAAAUGAUAUAUAUAGCAUGUUUCCUGCUACGGUUUGGGAGCAACAUGACUUUAUUUUGUAACGGCAUAGCUGGUCAAAAGCUGUAUAAAAAUUAAUAAUUCAGUUACCUAUAUCUCUGUGUGUGUGUGUGCAUC